GGAUGGGUUGGCGGAUCGGACAAUCGGGGAUCCAUGGACAUCCUAUGGUCAUGUCUACUCACGAUGGUACUUUCCAGCUGGUCGAUCCUCUGCCUCAACAUCCCCGCCGAGAACGACUCUCUGAUGCGACAACUAUGGCGGAAAUUCCUCUGGACGCUGAUGACGCUCAUGGGCCCCGAAGUCGUAUGCCAGCGCGCCUUCGGCGAAUGGCUCGUCGCUCGACGCUGGACCAAAGAGUUCGAAAAGUCAAAGCUGGAAGGAUGGUCAAUGACGCAUAGUUUCUACGCCAACAUGGGCGGCAUUGUACUGGUGCCUCGAGACGAGAAGCCGUUUCCGAUCAACGCCGCGCAGCUGCAUUUUCUCGUUCGAAAUCAAUACAUCGAAUACGUGCCCAUUACGAAGAAGGCAAUAUUGGAUAAGAAUAAGGUCAGCGGGUUGCUACGAUUCUUGAUUCUCGGGCAGACGCUGUGGUUCUGUCUGAAUUGCUUCGCGCGCCUGUACGAACGUAUAUCUCUCACUACGCUAGAGCUGUCGACGCUGGCAUUUAUACCCUCCGCGAUGGGGACAUUCCAGGAGACAGAGUGGCCAUGGAACAAACACUGGUACUACGGGCUGACAUUCAUCGAGAAGGUGAUGAAGAUGAAGUGGGCGGUCUUGAAACCAAAAUCCCGACCUAUCGAGCGCAUCCGCGACGAUUACUGGCCCAAACCUACACUGAAGACUUUGCCUGUUCUUAUGUUCUUUCACAUGUCGUAUGCGGUUAUCUUGGUGGCCGGUUGGAAUCUUCACUUGCCGACUGCGACUGAACUUCUAUUGUGGCGGAUCGCCUGUCUGAUUCAACUCGGCACAAUCAUGUCCGCUUGGUUC